AUUUCCUUUCACGGAACAAUACACCAGAAGAAACAAUCAUAACAAUUCGUCUAACACACAGGCAUGUUGUGAUCGGAUGAAAUUUGUUUUUAAAUAAUAGGAUUUUGAAAUCAGGUAUGUAAAUCAUUUAUUUUCCUGAUAUUUCUACUCUAUCAUUGUAUUAUUAUAUAUAUUAUGUAGUAUAAAUACAUGCAAAAUGUUCAACAGAAAAUUAUUGAAAUCUUUAAAACUUCUUAUUCAAGUACUGUAUUAUUUUGCCUGUUAACAUUGUGGUUUACCUAUUUUAAUUCUUACAAACAAUAACAUUAUGAUAAGAUUUCAAAUAUCACGUUAUUUUUAUACUGCAGUUUUAACUUCAAGAGAUCAAUCUUUCUCCCAACUGUGUUCAUUUAAAAUAGAGAGUAUGGACCACACCAUACCACAGGAACACUCAAUGUCACAAGAAGUCAAGACAUGCGAGAUCUGUGCCGCGGCCCAGCUCCAGAUAUUUUGCAACAACUGUCAAAUCAGCUUGUGUGGAAAGUGUGACACAGAGCACAGAAAAGGAGGGCUGUGUGGUUUACAUGACAAAGUGCUGUUCCCAGACCUAAACAAACUGCUGUUUCCUAGCUGUACCAUCCAUCAAGAUCAGACCUGUCAUUCCUACUGUAAACAAUGCGACAUUCCCGUCUGCAAUAAAUGCAAGACCCAGACUCACCAUGAUCACCAUGAGCUGAUCGAGAUGGCUCACUUUGUCAGUACAAAACUCAAUGAGAUUAAGGCCGAGAUAGAAGAGCUGCUGAAAAAAGUCAUCCCCAGGUGUAGACAAACUAAAGCAGACACUGCCUCCAAACUCUCCAUGACUGAAGUCAAAUACGACCAGAUGAUCCAUGAAUUGGAGAUUCAUCGGAAAAACUGGCAUCAGGAAGUAGACGGUAUAUUCAACAGGGUCAGGAAGAAAAUUCACAGCGAGAAGGAGAAAAGCCUCAGAGAACUACAAAACCAUCAGUCUGAUCUUGCCCAGAUUUACAAUGUUAUGUACCAAACAGUUCAAGAGGACAGGAACAUAUUGAUGUCAAAGGAGGCUGCCAUAAUAGCUGCCCACAAGUCUAGAUUGAUGGACUGCUCACAACUUAAGCCUGGUCCUGACAUCAAAAUUCCGAUACUAAAGACAAAGAUAAACAACGGGAGGGAACUCUCUUUAGAGCUGGAAAACAUUGACGCUUCCCUAACUCAGAAUUCAAGUGUUAGAAACAUGAUGGCGAGCAUCUCAAAUGAAACAAAUUUACCAAACGAUUGUACCAGUAUCACCAAUUCAAUACCAAAUGAAAAUGUGCCAUCAAUACCACUAUGUGACCUUUCUGCACUAAAUGGAAGACCAGUAUCAAAAUCUUAUAGUAAGGUAGCAGAUAGCAUUGCUAAGGCAACUAAAAAAUUGUUGCUGAUUAAACAAGGUGAUAAAUGUCUUCAAAGAAAAAUCAAACAGGAAUCUACAUUUACAUGUCCAAGUUCUCUAGGUCCAUCACAAGUGAUGUCAAGAAGUCUAGAUCUGCACCCCACAGAGAACAUGGCUUGUUCGGCUGUGAAAACGAUGGAGGUCAGUGUCAUAAAAAAUACUACAAGAGAUAGGUCAAAGUCUUUAGACCAAUCUAAACAAAAUCCAGUAGAAGAGUUAACAAAGACAAUACUAGUAGACCACCACACUAAAGCAGAACAGAAAUCUUUGACAGAAAGAUUUUCGGCUUUUCCUUUGACAAAUGGGCAGCUGUUGAAAAAAGCUAGAGUGAUAUCUAGUUUUACAACAGGACUAGAGAAUCUGACUGCAGUAGCUUGCUACAGGAGCCGAGAGGCGUGGAUUUGCGGAGAAACCAAGGUCAUCAAGCGACUUGACAUCCAAGGCUUCCAGAAGAAUGCACUGCUUGCCACAUGUAAAUAUUUCCCAGGAGACAUUGCGGUGACGAGAGAUGGUGAACUGAUCUUCAGCAAUGUCAACACUAGGGCAGUUACUGUAGUCAGGGAGGAGAAAACAGAAAUACUGAUACAGGUCCCAAAAGGCUGGCACCCUUGUAAACUCUGUUGUACUUCAUCUGGAGAUAUUCUGGUCGCGAUGUUCACGUCUGACGACAAGAAUCACAAAAUUGUUCGAUACCACGAGGGAAAAAUUACCCAGGAGAUCGAAAAAGAUGUCAACUAUGAGAAUCCCCUGUUCCAAGAAGGGAGACAUCCAGUUUAUGUUGCUGAAAAUACAAAUGGGGAUAUUUGUGCAGCAGAUCCGAAUGCAGAGAUGGUGGUUGUGGUCCACAAUAGAGGAAAGGAAAAGUUUCGAUAUGACGGAACAGCUGCAAAGAGAGCCAAGCCUUUCAUACCUGGACCAAUCGUGACAGACCCCUCAGGACACAUCAUUGUAACUGAUCAGAUUAACGACUGCCUCCAUAUCUUGGACAAGAAUGGACAGUUCCUGGGCUGUAUUGGUGAUUGCGGGCUAGACCAACCCACAGGGCUCAGUGUGGACAAGGAGGGAAGGUUAUGGGUCGGGUCAUACAAUACUGGGAAUGUGAAGGUCAUUGAAUACCUGAAGCCAAGAAAAAGUGGGCCUUCACAGGAACAAAGCCUGCAUUUUAAUGACAAAAACUGA